GAUGGCUCUUGAUCUUCAUCACAUACAAGUCUACUCACUUGAAAUCAAAGCCUAGCCUCACAGUAAGUUUACGAGAUAACCCACACGAACUCGGACUUCUUUCUCUUGCACGUGGACGAUAUAAAUAUGAAUCCUUGUCUAGCACUAGCUGUGAUUGUCAGCCUAUGUAUGUUCAGCCGAAUCACGGGGGCACCUGUCAGCUCCGUGUGUCAGAACCUUACUCCAGAGGAAGAGCAGAAAAUGUUAGCAGAUGAAGACAUUAAUACUAAUUUUAACGACUUCUUCCUGCCGCAGAUUUUGACAGGGGGCUCGGGCGGAGAGCAAGUAUCUCUCGCAGAACUCCUAGUGCAAACACAAACAAAUUAUUCGACACACUGUCCAACAAGUCUACCAAGUAGUCAGUCUGCCCCCGUGUUCGCACGAUCCUCCUGCCCCUGGUUUAUCAAUAUCGACAACCAGCCCGACCGCCAUCCCACAAGUAUUCCCGUGGCUGUUCCCAGGUGUAGCCCCACCCAGUCCUGUGUCGGUAUCAGUGAGGACCAGAAGAGUAGCUACGAGUGUGAGAGGGUCUACAUGUCCAUCACGGUUCUCAGGAAAGUUCAUUGCACAGAGAAGCUCUUCAAGUGGGUAAAAGCAACGGAAAGGGUGGCUGUUGGCACGACUUGUGUGAGAGUCAAAGAAGUUCAGAGCAGCACAUCCAAUAGUGAUGGACCCCCAUCCAUAUAAGGACCAAACACCAGGCUGUGAUUAUGAUGACCGGAUUACAGCGUUACGUACAUGGAUUGGACCGAAGAUGGUAAUAUAUACAUACAAAUAUGAAGCACUUUAUCUUAUUUAAUUUCACUUUACAUUGAUGUUUUGUUGAUACCAAACACGUUAUGACUGAUAAACGCAAACAGUAAACGGUUGUAAACCAAAAUCAGUAUUGAUAUUUAUCAAAACAAUCAGUGAGGUCUGUUCAGACUCUGUAAACAUAAACCAUUACAGAUAAUUCAGACGCAGACUGUUAUUGUUCGUGACUCUUAAUUCGUGUCGUUUGCCAUUUGUUGUUAACCAUGUGAUGUCUUUACAUGUUAUUUAUUUCAUUUCGUAUUUAUUGAUGCAUUUAUUUAUUGAACAUUCCGCAUUUAUUAUUACCGGUCGUCUUUCAUGACUAACUCCAUCCACGAGUGAGUAAAGUGAUGUGGCGCUAAUGAGUUGUGACUUAAGAUAGGAUAGAGUAAGAUGUGUUUGACUGUGCAUGUGUGUGUAUUAAAAUGGUGAGGAAGACUAUUAUUUUAGCCAGAGCAAGUUAUCUGUGUGAGGAAAAACUAUAACUGAUAUUAAAGUGUGCUUGUGUUAGGUAAUGAGGAUGGGAGCUACAGUAACGUGUAUGUAGAAAGGGGGCUAAUACUGAUGUACAAGUGUGUAGUAUUUAUGGGGAACAAUUACCAAUGAUAAUAAGGUAUUGAGACUUUCAGUAUUACUGCCAUUGAAACAUUUUGAAUACGGUUGUGAUGGAUGGAAGGGUAAAUCUAUUGUGUAUUUGUUUUUUAAUUUAUCCUCUGAAGAGGGACAUAUUGACAUAUCUGUGUAAGCAAUAAUAUUAUAUAUCAAACAGGGUUAGUUUUAAACACAUUUUAUAUAUAAAUAUUUUGACUUUACAUUCCAUAUCACUUAUUUAUUUUAGACGAAUUUAUUAAUAGUUUGGAUACAAAACUGAAAUUGUAUUCGAACAAACUAUCAACAAUAGUUUGUGACUUUGCAUUGCUGAUAUUUUUUGUCCUAGCUUUUUAUGCUUUAUAUUUGUUACAUGUAGGUACGAGCUGUUUUGAUAUAGACAGUCUCUUUGUGAGUGACUUUUUCACAUUUGUGAAUGGAGUGAUUCGUAUAAAAUUUUCAAACAGAGUAGUGCAUGCGUUUCACAUAGGCUAACCCCUCUAGGUGUACUUAGUGAAAACGACAGAGCAGGUUAAGUUUGAAGAGUGAUAUUGGUAGAGUAGUAAUUGAUUUAAAUGUUUUAGCAAGAAAAAAAUGUACAGUGAUGCAUGGGGCUAUUGACUGAUUAAGUGCUUGAUUAAGUGUAUUUAGUGAGAAUGAGAAAAUCAGGCAUAUUUUUAUGGGCUAUUGUUUUUAAUUUAUACUUGAUUUAAUGUGUUUAGUUAUACGUGUGAUACUCAGUUCCAGUGUGUUUAUACAUUGAUGAGUUUCUCAAAGGUUAAAACGAAACCGUGGAGUUUCAGUAUAGGUUGAAAUGAGGGGCGUAGACCAAAGUAUUCAAGUCUUGAAUGAAUAUCCACAAAUGUGCAAUAUUUGUAUUAUGAAUUACAUGUUCUAUUUAUUUAUUUUUGAUUUUUUGUA